AUGGCGACCACCACCACCACCAGCCUCAGACGGUCCCCAAAGCCAACCCUUUCCGCCAUUAACACAUCAUUCACCUCACCAGCACUUUCGCACUCUCCAUCUGUGUUCUCGUCGGCCACAAUAUCCUCCAUGGCUUCUUCAGUGUCGCCUGGUAUUGCCAUUCUUCAGCAUCCUUCCCCACGUAGGCUUGAAGCCCUCAAUUCACCACUGUUGAAGACUGAUAUGGCCCUCCCACAAUUCUCCACUGGGCGUCCUCUUUCUACCGGCUUGGCUCACAAUCGAACUUUCUUCGAUAUUGAAACCUCUCCAACAGAAUAUGACAGCCCAGCUUCAUCCAACAGCGACUACUACUGUCUACGUCAGGGUACACACUUUAGACAACAAUGGAGUAAUGUCGAAGACGCCCCUACUCCACCCCCAAGUUAUAACGUCUGCCCAAUCACGCCACCAAAUGCUGCUCAGCGUAGUGCAAUCAAACUUUGGGAGAGCGGGGUAUCUCAUGGGACUCCAGCUCCCCCAAGUCCUCCUCCCGCAGCUGGAUUUGAUCACGCUAGCUCUAAGCUGCUUUCACCCAUUGAGCACGACCUUGAGGAAUUUUCAUCACAAAUCAAUGAGAUUCACGAACACCUCGCUCAUUCAGAUUCCGUUUUCAAGCAAGGCAUGAUGUCGGUUUACAUGCAACAAAAUGCUGCUGCUGCUCGUCUAGCUAGCUCCCCAACCGAGGCACUCUUCACCGAGGCUUAUCUUUUCCGCCCAUCGAGUGUGGACUCUGUUUCUUCGACUGCAAGCUUCCAUAAACGCGAGCGUGCUUGUCGCCAGCGCGCCGCCGAGGCUCAAACACGAGCCAUGGUUGCUGCUCGACAGCGCGAGGAGCAACGUAAAGAGUUCCUCAAAAUCACACUGGUGGAUAGGAUCGAACGCGAAGUCGCCGAGAUCGAGCGUCGUGCCAUCCGUGACUUAGAGAUGGUUCGUGAAGCUCGUUACGCUCUUAGAAUGGAGAUUGAGCGACAGAAGGCCCGUGACCGCAGAAGGGCUUUGGAGGCUGAGCUCACCAUUGAAAGAGAACGACAGGCAGCCUUGGAUGCUCAGAGAGAGGAUGAAGAGGAAGCCGAUCGUCUUCUUGCCUCGCUUAAUGCUGCCACUGAAGCAAUUACGUUGGAACAAUCCGGGGUAGUGGAUCAUGAGGAGGAGGAGGACCAGGGCGCUCAGGAAUGCGUCUUCCACCUUGCCGCUGACUUCCAUCUUUGCCCCGAAAGUUCUUUUGUGGAAUAUCCUUCGUCCCCAUCCCUCACCCACUCUGCCUCCACUCGUCCAUCGACCUCACACUCUCAUCAAGCACCCCCACCUUUGUCGCUCCACUGCACAGUUCUUCCAACCCAACUACCGCUUGCUCCUACCUCUGCCACAUCCUUGAAAUCGCCAUUUAUCACAUUUUUGUCUUCGCCAAUUUCUCCCUGUUCUCCGAUUAUGCAAGGGGGGUUCGCAUUUGCGUCUGCGCGAUCGAGUCUAAACAUGGAUAUAGGCCUUGGUUUUGAGCUUAACUUCAACGAUCUCGGCACGGACAUCACCGGCAUCGAAGGUACCACAGGCAUUGUUGCUGCAUGUGCAUAG